GGCUGGCCAGCAGCUGCCAUAUCAAUACGAGGCUUCUACUUAGUUUAAGCGAUACCCCAAGGGAAGAAGCAGAGAAGAAGAAGAGAACAAGAGAAGCGAGACAAGAUGCCCAAAAAACCAGCCAAAGAGACGGCCAAAUUGACGUCUAAAGUGGCAGCCAGGUCAAGGGAAGAGACCCCUGCGCAAAAGACCCCUAACUGGCCGGCGUUACGUCCUUUGCCGCCAACGUCCGACCUCUGCUUAACCCCCAUCCUGCCCUCUCAGAUCUACAUCAUACGCAACCUCUUCUCCUCUGCGCUGUGCAAGACAUACAUCUCCUUCCUGGCCAAUCUACCUCUGAUCACUACUCCCGGCCGGCCAAAGAAGAACGAGGCACUGCGCGUCAACGACCGGUUUCAAGUGGACGACGCUUCCUUUGCCGAGCUCCUGUGGUCAGGCACGGGGUUGAAGGAGUUGAUUUGUAGCAGUGCCAGCCAAAGCGAGAGUGAGGAUGACGGUGAGAAAGUAGACUGGGACGGGGAGGUGUUGGGUUUGAAUCCGAACAUUCGCAUAUAUCGGUAUACCAAGGGCCAGUUCUUUAGACAGCAUUAUGAUGAGUCGGUGCAGGUAAUGCAUGGAACGCCACCGGUCAAGGGACGGACAAGCUGGACGCUGCUGAUAUACCUGAGUACCUGCUCAGGCGGUGAGACGGCUUUCUACCCUGAGCUGGGACUAGGAAGUAAGAAAGGUAAAGCACAGUGCCAGCCUGAGCCAGUCGUUGUGGGAAUGGAGACUGGUAUGGCGCUGCUGCACCGGCAUGGAGAUGAGUGUCUGUUGCACGAAGGACGGGAAGUGACAGGAGGGGAGAAAUGGGUUAUUCGCAGUGAUCUUGUAGUUAGACGGUGACUAUAUACUUACUUAACCGUUAUAUACUCCAUCAUGCGUUGAUAUGAGUAUGGAGUCAUCUACUGGUAUAUGUACAUUGGGGAAUUGCUAUAAUUUUAAUUGGUAUAUCAGCCUCAUUAGUGAGUCGGUCUGUGAUAGAUUCAUCUACCAACUUCUCUGGUCUUGCGGUAGCUGACUUGCUUGACCAUUUGAUGAUAGUUUUGAGCCAUUGGUAUGCCACUAAUACGGGUUCUUAGCAGAUAUCUUCUUAGCUUCAUAUUCUGUUCAAAAGAAUGAUUUAUUUGAAUAAAAUUUUAUAACAGGUCUACCAUUUUCUGUUCUUCUUCCUAUAAUCCAGCCUAGUAACGAGCGGGUAACGUUGUUCUAUAAGUUUUAUCUUCAGAUUUCAGUAACUACAAUUAGAAUGCUACCAUAGAUCAUAUUGAAAGAAGCGGCCAUCUUCAAACACAACCUAAAUUCAAUAAUUCACCAUAUGACAGUGACGACCGCCCGACCUAUCAAAAGAUGGCAAGGGCAGUACUUAGUAAGGAAAUAUCGUGUUAUCAGCCAAUGACACAGCUUCGUUCCUGAAGAACCGUCUUAUAUAAUCAGAGAACCGUCUUUUCCGUGAUUCUAAUUGGUUAACUUAGCCCACCACCUUUAUCUUUUAAGAGCGAAUGACGAAACGAGACUUUGUACUAGCAUUUAACAUUAAUUCAUCCAAA